GACACGUGGGAUUUUCGAGUUAUUUUAAGAAUUUUUACGGUGUCUUAAAUGCAGUUUUAUUAUUAAUAAUGAGUCAUUUGUAGAAAAAGGUUGCUAGUAAACACCUCGAGGCGAAAAUUCCUGCCGUGAGCAGUCAUCUUUGAAAGAAUUCUAAUUACAUUCGUCAAUAAGUUAAGGUUUGCGAAGGAAGUGAUGAACUUACGUCGAUAAUAUUCAAGAAAAUGGAUAAAAUUGAAUGUCAUCUCGAUAAUAUCAUAAAUGGUGUUGCCUUAGAAACCGAUCAACCUGUAGACUAUACUUUGGCGGAACAAAUAGAGGAUUUAAUAUCCAAGAAUGUCGAACCUUUGGUAUCAUCUGAUUACAGACCCAUUGUGAAAAAGUCAGUGGCUUAUAUUGUUGCUGUUGUUUUAAUAAAUGAGGAUGAUGAAGUCUUGAUGAUGCAAGAAGCAAAGAGUUCAUGUGCUGGAGAAUGGUAUUUACCAGCUGGAAGAAUGGAAGUAGGAGAGAAUAUUGUUGAUGCAGCAAAAAGGGAAUUAUUGGAAGAAACUGGGCUUCAAUUUGAACCAACCACUCUUCUUAGUGUAGAAUGUUCUGGUGGACAAUGGUAUCGUUUUACAUUAACUGGUGACAUAACAGGUGGAGAAUUAAAAACAGUUGCCAAAGCAGAUGCUGAAUCUCUACAGGCAAGUUGGAUAAAAGAUAUUGAUCAGCUUAGUUUGAGGGCUUUUGACAUUAUCCCUCUAAUAGAAAAGACGAGAACUUAUUACAAAAAUAAAUUCAAUGGAAUGUGGCACAAUCCCAUUUUGCCUGCCUUAUGUCCACAUAAUUGCCUUCUGCUAAGAUUAGUAAUCAUUAUAAGGAAAAGAACAAAUAACAGAAUUCAUGUCUUAGUAUCAGAAAAUCAGCAAGCUCAUCUGCCUGUAUGUGAAAUAAACCCAGUGAAAAGUAUUCACACUGUACUAAGGAGGUUUAUUCAGUACCUGUUUGGACCAGAUUUACCAAGUCACAAGCCUCACGGAGUAUUGUCGGUGGAACACAAUGGUGAUCCACCUAAAGAACACGACGGAUUAUGUCUGAGUAUACUGGUAUCCUGCAAGGAUGCUCUGGAAGACGUACCUCUCAAUCACGGAUUUACGUGGUUAGAAGUCAGUCGAGAAAUGGGUGAAGAUCUGCUUAAAAGAACAGAAAAGAAUAUGACAAUUAGUCUAUCGGUGAAGCGGUAACAUGUUUCACAAGCUAUAGUCGAGAUAACAAUUAUGUUUUAACCAUUGCAGAGACUAGUAAAGCAAUUAAUUUGAAUAGGGAUUUGGAAAACAUUCAAAAUGUCUUAUGAAUUUUAAGAUACUAACACCAUUUCUGAAUUUAUGCUAUGUUUAAUAAACUAUAUCUUAUUAUACAACAUGAAGUUACAGUUAUAGUUUCUAAUAUAUUUAAAGAUUAGAAAAUUUAUUCAAAAUGUAUUUAAUAUAAUAAAAUAUGUAAUCACAAUAUGAAUACAAAAACAAUUUGGAAACCAUUAAAAAAAAAAAUUAGACAUAGAGGCACUGGAGCAAAGAUGUAUUGCUAAUGUCAUUAAUAAAUUAAUAUUUACAGCGGAGUAAUGGCAGAUUUCUUCAAGUGGAUUGGCAAAUUUACAAUUGUUUUUAUAUGUUUACAUUUGAUAAUUAUAUGCGAGUUUUUGACAAGUAAAUUUUUAA